AUGAAGAACACAACGCGUGCGUCCGAUCGUGGCAUUCUGCGACAUCGAAAUGAACCCGGGCGGUUCUUCGGCGAUGGUGUGAGCUUCAAGGCCAAACUCAUCGGCAUCCUCGAGGUCGGUGAGGCCCGAGGCGAUCGGAUGUGCCAGGAAGCGUUGCAGGACCUGAAAAUGGCAAUACGCGCUGCAGGAGAACACAAGCAACGCAUCACGAUACACGUCACGAUUGAUGGGUUGCGGUUGAGAGAUGAAAAAACAGGCGAUUCUCUCUACCACCAUCCCGUGCACAAGAUAUCAUUUAUCGCCCAGGACAUGACGGAUUCGCGUGCAUUUGGCUAUAUUUUUGGUUCCCCAGACAGUGGCCAUCGGUUUUUCGGUAUCAAAACCGAUAAAGCCGCCAGCCAGGUGGUGCUGGCGAUGCGCGACCUGUUUCAGGUCGUAUUCGAGCUAAAGAAGAAAGAGAUUGAGCUGGCCCGGCAGCACAUUCAGAGUAAAAUUACGGCUCACGAACAUCAGGCCGUUUCGGCUUCGUUGGUAGCGAAAAGUACGACCGCAUUGGAGAGCGGAACAGGAAUAGGCGGAAGCGGGAGUGCAACUGGUAGCUAUGGAAAGAACCAUUCAAACGAAACAGGAACGCUAGGCGCUCUCGGAGGUUGCAGUUCGUCCUUGGCUGGUCCAAGUAGUGGCAUGAAAGUAGCCGCAGGCAAGAGUGAAAAAUCACCGGAAUCCGUUGCGGAUCUGGUGGAUCUCGAGCAGGAGCUGAGCUGUAUUCAGCGUGGUAUCACGCAAAUGGAGCGCAUUACACCCAGCGAAGGUCCUGGCAAGAGUGUACUAGACGACGAUCCGUUUGGAGACUCGUUUGCAAAUAUUCCUCCGUCAUACAAUCUACUUCCACCUCCGGAAUCAACCAAACGUCACCAGAAACAAACGCACCGUUCGACAGAAAAUCUAUCGGGGAUCGAGACGAGCCCCGUAAUAUCUUCAACACCUCCUCCUAUGCCCGCACCUCCAGUCCCUACACAAUCAAAUGCUUCUAGUAGUAGUGCAACUACGAGCGGUAACACGUCUCACCUUCCCAUGGGGUCCUCAGUUGGAAGUAGUGCCAAUAGUAACAACCAAGCUCCGCAAGCAAGUAGUAACAAGUUGACUAGCAGCAACUCGGUGCAAAACGAUGACUGGCUAAACUCCCCGCCCAAUACAUCACGCUUUGAUCCCGAUCCCGCACGGUACUCAGAUGAACCGAUCAACAUAGACGAAAAUGGCAAGACUCCUCCAAUAACGAGUGGGGCUGCCCAACCAUCAUCGUAUACAGACGUCUUUACUGACCUUGAUCCGCUAGGGACAGGAAAAAUAAAGCCGUACAUUGACAAGAAGUACUUCUUCCAGGAGCUGAAGAAUCCUCCCAAAAAAGUGCUGAAGGACUUGUCAGGCAAAGAAAGCACGUUUAAUGCAAAUUUUGCCCCAGAAGAACAGUCCGCAUCACAAUUACUCCAGCAAGCUAUGGGAGGUUCGGCUGCGUUAAAUGCGAACAACAUCUCCACGCUGGCCAGUGGAAGUGGAGAUCUCUUUAAGGCUAGCUUCGAUGAAGCGCAAUCGAUGAAGAACAACGCCACCGAACCAUCAGGCGCAGUGAGUGAAGGUGGUAGGACCGGUGGUAUGCCGCUGAUAGAGUCGCUGGUCGGCGGAGGAGGAUCUAAAACGUCCGUUGAUCCAUUCAUGGAGGAAGACGAUUUCUCCAAACUUCAGCUGGAUCCAUUUGAGGCACACUUCUCACGGAACGCAUCACCACGCAAUGCGUCAGGAAGCAGUGCGCAGCAAGACGGUGGAAGACCGUCGGAUUCGGAGGAAACUCCGAAUAAAUCGUCCCAUCCACCGGGAGAUCAGUCCGCCGAAGGAAAGGACGGGUCGGUUUACAAUGGACCGUUGCAGGUGAAUCUUCCACCGGAGUCGUGGGCGAGCUACAUCAGCCAGAAACGGCUCGAAAGGCAAUCAUCCGAAGCCAAUGCAGCCCAAGCGCCAUCGGGCAGUGCUGGACUUGGUGUGCACCGCACCCGUCCGGCGGCCAGCAGCGUGUUCAAACAGAACACAGUCGAUGUGAUCUCUAGUCUUAGUUCUAGUUCCAAGAAGAUGAAACCGAAUUUGUUUGGGCAGAAAUUCUCCAAGCGCGAUUCCAACAGCAUAAACAUGCGUCGUUUGCAGGAGAGCGACUCGCUGAGCGAAACGGAGACGGCACCAGAACCUCCCCCUCGACCGGAUUCUGGCUCUCACAUCGAACCACCACCGUUACCCCCGAAGAAACAAUUUGCGGACAUCGUGAUAAGGCCUUCACCGAGAUCAUCGCAUUCGGGCGGUGGGGGUAGCAUGGGAUCUGGGUCGGCUUCAGGACACGGCCCUCGGGAGCGCUACGAUUAUGUAGGUUCAAAGUACGAAAGCAACCGGUCACCGUCGGGAGUUGCUCCUGGUUCUGAUGCGCCUCCAUUGCCCCUGCCGUCGCGCAAGGUUGGUCGCUCAACCGGUGAUACAAUUGGCCCAGGACGUCCACAAAAGAAAAGCGCAGACGAGGACGACUAUCUGACACCGAUCGGGAAGGGAGACAUCCCGACGUUAUUGCCACCACCGCAACGAAAGGACGCAUCGAAAACCACACGCAAUACUCGGAAGCAAUCGGAAACGGAUCCGCGGAAUCUGGACGAACCGACACCUCCGCCGACGUCGAAAUCGCCCACCGCACACGUGGCGGGUCACUUUUCCAAAGAGCUCGACCAACAGCACCAACAGGCGGCGUCUUCUUCCGCCUCCUUGCUGCCCGACAUUACGCUUAGUCAAUUACUAACGCUCGGGAUCGAUGAACUUGCUGCCAAGCUGAAUGUUCCGGUGUCCAAGCUGAGUACGAUGACGCUUGUCGAGCUGACCACGUAUCUGUCCGAGUUUAUCGAAAACAGCAAAUACCCAACCGCGCCGCCUCCACCAUCGGCGGCACCUUCGUGGGCCACGAGCAGUAGCAUUAGCCAGGACAACACGGCAGGACUGGAUGGAAGCAUCAGUGAAUCGCCCGUAUUUAAGGUGAACUUUGACGACACGAACGAGGCUACCUUUGUGGCCAAGUUUGACGAUAACUUUGGAGAGGAUGACCGUCCCAGGAGCGGUUCCACAACAGGUGACAGUGCCAGGACCGGUCGAGGUGUGGGCUCAUUUGUGGCGAAUUUCGACAACUUUAAUAUGCAGUCAGGCUCCUCUCAUUCGCCUGCACCGGUUGUGGAUAAGUACGCCGUGUUUCGUGAGAUAAUGCAACAAGAUAUUGGACCCGAUGGAACUCCUGCUGAUUCGGAUCCGGCCGACCAUGACGAGCGCUUGUCACGAUCUGGACCGAACGAUCGUGCGGAUUCGCUAGAUUUGCAAAGAGAAGUCGCCUCCGAGAUGAGCCGGUUAUCGCCGGCCUUCGGGGGAGGUGAAGGAUCAAAUAUCGGAUCGUCUCCUCUGCCCACGAUGGGGUCCCAUGCGUUUGGAGGUUCUUCCGCUAGUCCGUUGUCUAUGGUUCCACCGUUGACUAAGAUCGAUACGAAGAUAACGGAGGUGAUUUCACAGGCAAAGGAUCGCUACGCGGCCUUGAGGGACAUUAUUCUGGUGGAGGACCUAUUCGAAAAGCCACCUCAGCCAGCACAGGCACCGAUGGCACGGAUGGAGUCUUCCUCGUUCGAAGACCGUGAUCUGGAGGAGGACGCGAAAUUUGAAGCAAACUUCGACGAUAUGGAUCUGAUGCCGAAACAACAUGAGGCCACUUCUCCCGAGAUUAACAUAUCCGACGCCGAUUUGAACGAGGAAGAGAUGCACCAGCAAUCAACCGGCCACGGAGAGCUGCAUGGAGGAAUCACUUCGUUCCGCAACACCAUGACACCGCGCGAAGAUCUAGAGAUUGAUGAACUGAUGCAUAAGGCAGUGUCGAAUAUUUCCCUGCAUAGCACAGAGCAGCUCUCACCGGCCCCACCUGUCCCGAAUGUCCAGCCAGGGCUCGCGGUGAAAGGAAGCCCACAGAUGCAGCACAGCUCGACCUCACCGUACAGGCCUACAAACAUGUCCACUUCCACAACCCUGUUGAACGAUAUGAUUGGACCGAAGAGCAAAUCUCCCAGCGCCAGUACCAUGGUUCAGUACGAGACACUUUCCCUUGGGCACAACGCGCAAUCUGGCCGCGCUGGUGGCUUGAACGACAUGAGCACAUCUCCUAUUCCACCCUUAGUUCCCAAGUCAUCCUCUUCUUCCGGUGGUGGUAGCGGGAUGGCGAAGAGUCCCAUUCUGAAACCAUCGCCCGGCACUCGAAGACACGAGGAGAGUAUGCGUAAAAAACCAACUCCUGCACCACGUGGCCAGUCGUCCAGUGAUAAGCGUUCGUCUGGUUCGAUGAGCGAUGGUGAGGGCGAAUCCUCACCAGAAGGCGAUAACAACGAAGGUGGUAAGCUGUCUCGACUGACACCCACCAACACUAAUGAAUCGUGGGCCGUUUUUGAUCAACCCGAGCCACCAUCACACCACACAUCCAAGAGACAGGAUCUAAGACAUGAUACAAGUCGCAACGAUGGAAGAAGAAGUGGCGAUAAGAACGGACCAGAUUCUCCGUGCUCUUCCGAUCCGAAGGACGAAUGGACCAAAACGGACCAGCGCGAGUACAGCCGAAGGUGGCCGACGAAAGGACAUACAUCGUCGUCCUCGCGGGACGUCAGCCCGUGGGACGAAGAAGGGCCGGACUAUCGCAAACGUUCGUCAAUGCAUCCGUCUGGCCAUCACCACUCAACGUCCGGGGAGCGUUACCAUCAUCCGCGUAUGCCACCGCGACGCAUCAACUCAAACGACGAAGACUAUGACGAAGAGCUCGUCAAGGAUCAACGCAGCCAACAGCGGCGUCGAAUGAAGGGUGGCGUAGGAUCGCGAAGCCGUGACAACUUCGAGGACGAGCACUGGUACCACGAUCAUCACGCCGGUCCGCAGUGGUCUUCGCCGACAGAGGACGAGGAUACACGUGGUCCGCCGGGUGGCGAUCGUGGUUCUCGAUCGUUUGAUCGGAACGCAUAUGAGCGCAGUACGUAUGGUCCACCGUACGAGAAGCGAGAACCAAAGAGCCUGCCACCGGCGUAUGAUAGGAGAGAUUACAAGAACUACGACAAGCGGAAGUACUAUCGCGAUAGAGAUCCACCGCGAGGAGGCAGCGGCGGUGGUGGUGGUGGUCGAUCAAACUACGAUUACGAUCCGUACGGCGGUGACGUACCUAGCGGCUACGGUGGAAGGAGAUCCGAUUACGACGACGGCGUCUACGAGCGGCCCAGCCGGGACAGUCGGGCUGCCAGGGAGUAUUUUUACGACCGUGAGCGCAAAAGCUUCGACCGGGAAAGCAACGAAUCGUACGACAGCCGGGAACGGCAGCGUAGCUUCGGCAGUGGAGACAUCUACGGUAGCUUGGAUAGUCGGGCGGAGUAUCGCGAUAGGGAUCGGUAUCUUUCCCUGGACAAAAGUCGCUCCCUACGGCGAGGCCUUCGCAACGCUGGCAGUGCCCGGCUCGAUCAGGAGCUGGACCAGGAUUCCGAAGGCGAUCUUAUGGGUGGCAUGAUCGGUGGUGGCCGUUCCGGGAGUGGAUUACGCGAUGGUGGCGGAAACAGUUUGCACCGCUCCAGUCAAAACAUUGGCCGCGGAAGCAAACAGCAACAGCAGCAGCAGAUGAUGAUGAUGCUGGACGAUGAUGUGUGGGGCGUAACGAAAGGUGGUGCUGGUUCUGCGGCCACUAUGCCAUGGAAGAGACCCUCGAGUGCCACGGAACAGCAGGAGCAGCGGCGAUACAACGAAGGGGGUCGAAACCGUGGCAUGAUGCCGUCUGGUGGCCACCUCGGAGGUGUAAAUCUGGCUGGUUCCGAUGGAGAAAAGGAUCGUCGGUUCCGGAAGAAAAGCCGUUCACGUGCCGAUAGGAAGGAUAUCGAUAUGCGGUCGAAUUACGCCACCAUGCGCUACCCGCUGAGGUCCAAGGAAGAUUACUUCGAUUUCGAUGCACCAGAAGGCGGUCGAGGUGGCGGAGGAGCAGUGGACGACGAUGAGGAUGACGAUGACGAAGAAGACGUCCCCGGAAGCGGAGGCAACAAGAUGAUGUUGGACGAUCCGAUGGAUGAUAGUCCGGCGUACUACGGCCGUAGACAGCCUUUGGGAGGAUCGUUACAGGGUACGGGCGGAUACUACGGGAAAUCAUCCACCCCGCGGCAGGAAGGACGAACCAUGAACGAUGCACUUAUCGCUCAGGAAGCUAAGAAGAUGUCACGCUACGAGUACGAAGAGGAAGCGCUGCGGCGCAUGAAGAAAAGCAAUAGUCGCGAUCUGUACUUCGAAGGUGGAACGAGUGGCGGGCAUGGCUAUGGCAGUGUGACACCCCCCAAGAACGCCCAAAAGCAACAUCCUCAGCACAACGUUCCACAAGCGUCCGCUGGGCGGACGAUGGAUUUCGAGUUUGAUGAGUUCGCGGAUUCGACCGGACCACCGGUUGGUGGGGAUGGGUUUGAGAGUGACUUCAACUCACCACCGACUACGGUUGGUGGUGGUGUACCAAGUGGACCGUCACUUGGUGGAAGGGGAGAAGGCCAUAAAUCGUACCGGUUCUCGAGUGACUUCUCGAACGACAAGGAACGGCAAGCGCAUUACGCACACGAACCCCCGAUGGGAUAUCACAGGCAGCAGCAACAGCAGCAUUACAAGAGUCACUCCGGGACCGGUGCGAACACUGGAUACGGAGAUACCGGCGAAUAUCCGCAACCUAUGCAGCAGAUGGGCCCGCCAUCGACACCUCCUCCGGCGCAUGGUUCAGGACAUCACCAUCAUCGAGAGCAGCAAGCAAGCAGUGGUUCAAAGUUGCGAUUCAAUGAAAAUGUCACCGUUUCUAAGUUCGAUGCCGAAGCCACGACCAUGUUCGAGGAUGACUUUGCCGGACGCUCCGACACCGAGCAGGAUAUGGACGACGAGCAGCACCAGCCGCAUCAACAACAACAGCAGCAAGGCUGGUGUUCAGCGAGUAUCGCAACCAGUCCCGGUCCUUCGACGGGGACGAGCAAUAAUGGUAGUAACAAGAAGAUAUUAAAAACUUCUAGUCAAGCAGGGCACCAUCAACAGCACCCGCAGCAACAGCACCAGCAGCAGCAGCAGCAAUCACUCAGCCAGGAUAAUAUUCGUAAAUCGGACAGUAUUAAUAUUUUUGCCAAAAAGGUAGACGACCCGUUCGAGGAUGACGACUUCUUCUCCUCUGGCGCAGGUGGCGGUGGCCGGGGAGAUCCAUUUGGUGGUAACGGAAACGGAAACACUGGACCCGACCCGGCUAGUCAAUGCGCCAAUCCGAGAGGAGGGACAUCCACAUCCGGAUCUGGGUGGGACAAAAAUUUUGCCAACUUUGACGAUAAUAUCUGA